AUGAAAAGAAAAAGGAGAAGCAAAAAAUGGGAAAAUAAAUCAAGUGAAAAAAUUUCCGUCAAAGAUAAAAUAAGUGAAAUUAAAAUUAUUUUUAGUGAAGAUAGUGAGUUGAUAAAAUUUGAAAGUUGGAAAGUUAAAGCUGAAGAAUUUUUCGAAGCAAUGAGUAGUAGAAAAUAUCCUACAUUUAAAGAUCUAACGGAAAAUUUGAUCGGUGAAUUAGUUUCAAUCCGUGGUAUGGUAACUCAUGCGUCAGGAGUAAAAUUACGCGCUUUGGAAGUUGCAUUUACUUGUGUUGAAUGUGAAAAUAUUCAACAAUUAGAAUUUGAUGUUAGUGGUAGAGGAAAAUAUUAUUCACCAUUUAAAUGUAAAACUUGGGGAUGUAAAAGUAAAGAAUUUCAACCCAAUUUGGAAUUUGAUGAAGAAAAAGGUCAAAAAGUUUUUGAUGAUUGGCAGAAUAUCAGAAUUCAAGAAGUUUGGAAUGGAAAUAAUGGAAAUGAAAAUUAUAUUGUAACAAUGUCUCUUCCCAAAGUUAUUGAUUGUGAAUUAAGAAAUGAAUUAGUAGAUUCAGUGAAACCAGGUGAUUUUGUUUUUGUUACUGGGGUAUUACAAGUUAAUGAAAUUCCAGAAAAAUUAAUUGAUAAAUUAUUCUCGUUGGAAAAUUUUUAUAUGAUUAAACAUGUCGUUGAGUAUCAAUCCGAUAAUCUUUUUAAGCGAAUUGUAAAUUCAUAUUGUCCGAAUGUGUAUGGACAAGAAAUUGUUAAAGCUGGAAUAUUACUUUCAAUAUUUGGUGGAAUUGAUAAUGGCACAAUUAAUGUUUUGAUCGUCGGUGAUCCAGGAACGGAUAAAACUGAACUUCUUCAAGCAGCCGGUACAAUGUCACCUCACACAGUUUUCACCCCUGUAAAUCGGGGAGGUAACUUACCAAUUUUACCAAUAUUACAUUAUGAUAGAUUAAGAAGCGAUUGGAUUCUUGAAGCUGGGUCAUUAGUAUUAAGUAAUACCGGAAUUUGUAGAAUUGAUGAUUUUGAGAAAAUAGGUCAAUUUAAUACUCUCGCGGAAGCUAUGUCUAGGCUAGAAAUUCCGGUUGAAAAAUCUGGUAUAAAAAGUUUGCUUAAUGCAAAAGCUAACAUAAUAGCAGCAGCCAAUCCAGUAGGAGGACAUUACGACAAAAACAAGUUAUUAUCAGAAAAUUUAAAAAUUGGAAAUGCUCUCUUAUCAAAUUUCGAUCUCGUCUUCUUGUUAUUAGACAUUCCAGAUGAAGAAAUGGAUCAUUAUCUCUCUGAACGUGUCAUGACGGUUCAUUCUGGAAUAUUGGCAGAUGACAAAUCAUACAAAUCUCAAAGAUAUGCUCCUUUAAGUGAUUUGAAUAAAAACAGAAGUCACAUAGUUGAUAUUCUUCCAUUAUCCGAAAAAUUGAAGAUUGGAUCAAAUGAAAAUAUGGAAUUAUUCGACAUACCUUUUCUUCAAAAAUAUAUCGCUUAUGCACAUAAAUAUGAAGCACGAAAUAUGAUUAAAUUAUUCUUUAUAAAUAUGGGACAUAAAUAUCAAUCAAUGGAUGAAACCCCAAUUACUGUUAGACAAUUAGAAACUAUGAUAAAAUUAUCUCAAGCCAGAGCAAGGAUGGAAUUAAGAAAAGUUGUAAUUAGUGAAGAUGUAGAAGAAGUUGCUGAAAUUAUGGAAUUUUGCCUUUUCAGAAUUCAAAGAGAUGAAUUUGGAAAUGUUCGAAUGAAAGGAAAAUCCAAAACUGGUUGUGGUGAUAACGGUGGUGGUGUUAGGGGAAGCGGAAGAUCUGGGAAGCAAGCUCAAGCGAAGAGAUUCUUGGAUGAACUUUUUAAAUUCGGUAAUGCUAAAGGAAGUGAUAUCUUUUCUUUUCAAGAAAUGCAACAAAUUGCCAAAGGUAAAGCUCCUCGUAAACAACUUGCAACCAAAGCGGCUAGAAAAAGUGCCCCAGCUACGGGUGGUGUGAAAAAACCUCACCGUUAUCGACCUGGUACCGUUGCUUUACGUGAGAUUCGUAGAUAUCAAAAAACGACCGAUCUUCUUAUUCGAAAACUUCCUUUCCAACGAUUGGUACGCGAAAUCGCUCAAGAUUUUAAAACCGAUUUACGAUUUCAAAGUUCUGCUAUUGGCGCACUUCAAGAAGCAGCUGAAGCUUACCUGGUAGCUCUCUUCGAAGAUACUAAUUUGGCAGCUAUUCACGCGAAACGAGUUACGAUUCAACCUAAAGAUAUUCAACUUGCAAGACGUCUUCGUGGUGAACGAUCUUAA